ACAAAACAUCAGCGCACAAUUUCACUGUCGUCGCCGCCUUGUACGGAUAGCUCCGACCAACCCUACUUGUUCCUCCACUCUAUUGAGAGCUUCAGACCUGCUGCGCAACCAUGGGACGAUCACGCCCCCGUGUCAAUGAGUGGUUCGAGGCGCUCGGCUGGCGACACUUUGGCAAAGACGAGGGCGUUGUCAAGAGACCGAAGUUCAAUUUCAAGCCGCUCAACGAUCUCUACAAGACGGAGAUCGGGAAUCUCUUCACCAAGCUCAGCACUUCAGCAGUCGACCGCGAUGACCCAAAGCUCUUCGACAAAGAGUUCGACAAGAUCCUAGAGAAACUCGGUCCUCCCAUCUGGCCCAAUAAGCCUGCCAAUGUUCAGAGAGCCCAUCUCCGCGACCCUGACCCCGAGACUCUCUACAAGAAGCAUCUCAUCUAUCCACGCGACAAAGCGACGAUCAAGGAGCAUCUCCGUCAGCUGGUGCUUGCGAAGAGGAGUCGAGGUACCGCAGCCACUGCCAACAUCAAUCGAUCAGCCCUGCGAGACAGGGCGAACGAUGAUGAAUCGGAGUCUACUCCAAGCAUCAACAAGUCCGUACUGCGGAGCGGCGCGAGUGCUCAGAACAAACGCCAACAAGAGGAAGACCACUCACCAUCUACUCCAAACAUCACCAAGGCUGUACUGCGAGGCGGCGCGGGUGACACGAGAGGAGUCAAGAAGGCCAAACCUGUCAACAAUGCUACUUCAUCCAAGAGGAAGCGUCCACAGGAGGCGGUGCCCGAUGACGAAGCGGAAUUGGAAGAACCUCACCUGUCACCAAAGCGCCAGCGCACGUCCGGUCAGAAAGAGCACGCCAGCCAGGCAAAAGGGAAGCAAAAGCAGGUCUAUCCGACCGGCGGAGCCGACGUUUUCGAGCAAACAAAAAUCAACUUGUUCAGCAAUCACACCCCGCAUGGCUCCAUUACCCUCCAAGGGUGCAAAUCUGCGGCUCAGUUACUGGAGAGGGUGGCAGACGUCACGAAGGGUUCCAAUCAAGGUGACGCCGGCGCAGACGUCGCAUACCUAAAGAUUUACCUUUCGGAGGACAUGAGCACCGAGCCUUGGGUCCGAAUUGACAACAAUAGGCACCAGGAGGGUAAGUUCAACCACUUGAAGCGUAUCAUCACGGAUGCGCCGUUGUUUCCAGGCACACACGAAGCGUUGCUUGAGGCAGAAGUUGGAUUCUGAGCGGUAUAGGAGGUGUGGUCACUUUUGGUGCUCUUUUUUUUGUUAUCCAAUACCCUCCAGAUCAAUUAAUAGUAGGCGAGGUUUUGAUAGCAAUGUUGGCUCGGCGAAGCCAGCCUGGUUCUCUAUAUUUUCCUUUAGUCACGAUAGCAUGAAUUGAUGGUCUUCUACCU